UGACAGUACCCUGCAGUAUAACAUGCCGUCUCCAUCGCCCAACCUUUCUCCAUCCGUUCAAAGUGAUCUAUCACAAUGACUGUCGCAGUAGCAGCAAACAACGGCCCCGCCGAGAGCCAUGCGAAUGGACACGUCGAACCGCCUGUCCAGGCUUUUGUCGAUGGCAAUGUUGCGAUUUCUCCUAACGCCCCUGAGGAGGUGCCCACUCUGCUGAAGCGGCUCGCCCUGCAUGGUGAGGCAUACCUCACGGAGAGCGAUGAGAAUGAGCGCACGAAAAUCCUCGACACCGCGCGAUCAUUGGUGUAUGCGCUGGAGACUCCUCGCGAGGCAAUCAUCCGACACUGCUGGUCUCAGAGCACGCUGUAUGCGGCGAUCGAAACCGGCGUUGACCUGGGUCUGUUCACGGUUCUCUCGCAGGAUGAUAGACCCAAGUCGGCCACCGAGCUGGCUGCAGCAACGCAUGCCGACCCCACAAUGCUCGCCCGAAUCUUGAAACACCUCGCCGCCAUGGGCGUCAUCAUCGAAACCGGGCCUGAUGAGUACCGUCGAACCGGGUUCUCCAUCUCGAUGGGCUCGCCCCGAUACAGCGACGCCUAUCCGUGCAUGACCGGCUGCAUCACCGACGGCGUCCUCGCACUCCCCGCCCAACUCAAGAAAACCAACUACCGCAACCCCAGCGAUGGCACAAACUGCGCCUUCCAACGGGGUUUCAAGACCCCACUGCACUUCUUCGACUUCCUCCGCGAGAACCCUGCCCAUGCGGUACAAUUCAACAACCACAUGUCCGCAUACCAUCAAGGCCGACCCAGCUGGAUGGACGUGGGUUUCUACCCCGUUCCCUCGCUGGUAACAGACACCAGGAUCAACGAGCUGGAAGUAUUGCUGGUCGACAUGGGCGGCAGCAUGGGACAUGAUCUGUCCGAGUUCCAUCGCAAAUGGCCUCAAGUGCCAGGACGGUUGAUCCUACAGGACUUACCCAAGGUCGUGGAACAAGCGAGAACAAUGAAUCUGGAUCCAGCGAUCGAACUCAUGGACCAUGACUUUUUCACGGAGCAGCCAAUCAAGGGCGCGCGCGCAUACUACAUGCACUCCGUCCUGCACGACUGGACAGACGCCGACUGCCGUCGCAUCCUAGCCAAUGUCAUCCCCGCCAUGAAGCCCGGCUACAGCAAGUUGCUCCUGAACGAAAACGUCAUCCCCAGCACGAACGCGUACUGGGAAACCACCAGUCUGGACAUCAUCAUGAUGGCGGACUUUGCGUCGACGGAGCGCACGGAGACGCAGUGGCGGGCGCUGGUCAAGUCGGCUGGACUGAGGAUUACCAAGAUCUGGACGGUUCGGCGAGGUGUGGAGAGUUUGAUUGAAUGUGAAUUGGCUUGAUGUAUUAUGAUAUGGGUAAUGUUGAUUAUUUACGAGUGCCUGGGUUAUCCGGUUUGUCAGCGGACGGAUAUCUGCAGUAACAUGUGAACUUAAUGUAAACUCAACUGACUGCAUAGGACUUCGGGCAGGCGACCAAGAGGGAUAUGUAAGUCAACUGAUGUAGAUACCCGCUUCUGCGGAAUAAGUAUCCAUCCUUCA